AUGGGAUGUACUCUGAGCACGGACGACAAGGCGGCGCAGGAGAGGAGCAAAAUGAUCGACAGGAACCUGCGGGACGACGGAGAAAAAGCUGCUCGGGAGGUCAAGCUGCUCCUGCUCGGUGCUGGAGAAUCUGGAAAAAGCACAAUCGUGAAACAGAUGAAAAUCAUCCAUGAGGCUGGCUACUCAGAGGAGGAGUGUAAGCAGUACAAGGCCGUGGUCUACAGCAACACCAUCCAGUCCAUCAUUGCCAUCAUCAGAGCGAUGGGGCGCCUCAAGAUUGACUUUGCUGAUAACGCCAGAGCGGAUGAUGCUCGGCAGCUGUUCGUCCUCGCGGGUUCUGCCGAGGAGGGCUUCAUGACCGGCGAGCUGGCUGGAGUGAUACAGCGGCUGUGGAAAGACGGAGGCGUCCAGGCCUGCUUCAGCCGCUCCCGGGAGUACCAGCUCAACGACUCGGCUGCAUAUUACCUAAACGACCUGGACAGGAUAUCCCACGCCUCUUAUGUUCCCACCCAGCAGGAUGUGUUGAGGACCAGAGUCAAAACUACUGGUAUUGUGGAGACACAUUUCACUUUCAAAGACCUCCACUUCAAAAUGUUUGACGUGGGUGGACAGAGGUCCGAGAGGAAGAAGUGGAUCCAUUGUUUUGAGGGCGUCACCGCCAUCAUCUUCUGUGUGGCCCUGAGCGACUACGACCUGGUGCUGGCCGAGGACGAGGAGAUGCAACUGCCCGCCCCCGAGCCUGUGGCCGGUUUCCAUCGCUCACCUGUCCCCCUCUUUCAGAAUCGGAUGCACGAGAGCAUGAAGCUGUUCGAUUCUAUCUGCAACAACAAGUGGUUCACAGACACCUCCAUCAUCCUCUUCCUCAACAAGAAAGACUUGUUUGAGGAGAAGAUCAAAAAGAGCCCUCUGACAAUCUGCUACCCAGAAUUUGCCGGUUCUAACACCUAUGAGGAGGCAGCAGCGUACAUCCAGUGCCAGUUUGAGGACCUGAACAAGAGGAAGGACACCAAGGAGAUCUACACCCAUUUCACGUGUGCCACCGACACCAAGAACGUGCAGUUUGUGUUCGAUGCCGUCACAGAUGUCAUCAUCAAGAACAACCUGAAGGACUGUGGCCUUUUCUAA